AUGUCCCCACCCCCCCCAGAGACGAAGCAGGAGCUGGAGGACCUCACGGCCGACAUCAAGAAGACGGCGAACAAAGUGCGCUCCAAGAGGGCCGGCCGGACCACCACCAACGAGGAGCUGGAGGACAUGCUGGAGAGCGGGAAGUUGGCCAUCUUCACGGAUGACAUCAAAAUGGACUCGCAGAUGACCAAACAGGCCCUGAACGAGAUCGAGACGCGACACAACGAGAUCAUCAAGCUGGAAACGAGCAUCCGGGAGCUGCACGACAUGUUUGUGGACAUGGCGAUGCUGGUGGAGAGCCAG